AUGAAUGGAACUUAUCGCCUUCAUUUCUAUACACACGUCAGACACUUAGCGCAUCUACUACUAGAUUUGACUGGUGAGCUGGUCGUUCGGCUAGUUUACAAGCCCGAGGUGGCUGAUGCGGCUCUGCAGUCGGCACUCGCUUCCUCAGGCAUUGCUGGCAAUUGCCUUCUUCCCAAUGUCACCUCCGGACUAGGUCUGCUUGGAGGAGGCAGGGGUGGUGCUGGAAGUGGGGGCAGUGGUCCAGGUCAGAGUGUCAGAAGCGGAAGAGGAAUGACUUUCGGUCACGGAGGCGCUCCGUUCACUAGUGGGGCGGGUGGAUGGAUGCGAGGGGCUACUGAGGGUGGCUUGAGUAGUGUCAGUAUUGCUUCAGGUGGGGGUGGUGGUAGUAUUGGCUGGCUGGCCGGACAAACCGCGUCUUCGAGGGGAUCAGGAUCAAUUUCUAGCAGGAUUGCCGCGAGCCUCGCCUCUACGGGCCUACUCAAGUCAGUUUGUGCUGGUUACCAACUGAGUCUGGCUAAUCUGAUGACAUCAAGUGAGAAUUAUGUUGCUCUUUAUUCAUCCUAUAAUCCACCUUUCCUUGUUUUAUUUUUUCCCUUCAGUCUUUGA